CUGUCCGUUUGGAUACCAAGAACAACGUCGGCUGCCCACCACCACGAUGGGCGACCUGAACGAGCUCAUCACGAAGACGCAGGAGACACUGCAGCCGCUCAUUGCCAAGCCCAAGCUUGCGGAGAAGCUCCUGCAGAAACCUCCAUUUCGCUUCCUCCAUGACAUCUUCUCGGCCUUGAUGGCGUCGACGGGGUUUGCCAAGGGUUUGUACACCGACUACGAGCUCGACUCGGCCAACGUCAAGGAAAAGCACCAAAAACUUCAGUUCCUCGACAAGAUGGUCUACUGCACGGGGCAAUGCCACGGGAAAGAGAUCGACGUUCGGUCCGCCAAGAUCGUGGCGGGGUUGGAGCCCGAGAACACCAACAUUUUCCUCACCGAGCUCGCCCUCGCUGCUUCGAACACGUCCUUGGACUGGAACGGCGCCGUCCAAAAAGCACUCGCGGCGUUUCCACCGCUCCCAGAGACGUUGGCUGGAUCCGGCAGCGGUGGAGCUGAAGCGAAGCCCCCCAGCGAAGACGCGCCGGCCGCCAAAGAAGCGGCACCACCUGCACGUGACGAAGUCAAAGAAGCCGAGGAAAAAGCGAAGGCUGAGGAGCGAGCUGCGAGGGAAAAGGCUCGAAGGGCCAAAGAGGAGCGGGAGAAGGAGGCGACCGCGGCGGCAGCGCAAGCGGUAUCCAGUGAGCCAAAGCCAUCAUCUGCCGAGAGCACGAGUCGCCCAAGCAGCAACAGCAAGGCCACACGGAACGACAACAACGAUGCAGGUGGUGAAUUUGGCGCCCAGGUGCGGGAAUGCAAUGGAGAUGUCGAGCGCACGAAAGAGAUGGUGGAAUCGAUCAUCUCCAAGCCAAAAAUGUCAGCAAAGUUGCUGGGCAAGCCCCCGUUCCGGUUCCUCCACGACGUGAUCUCGGAAGUGACGCGGGUGACAGGGUUCGCCGAUGGCUUGUACGCUGGCGACGAGCUCGAUUCGAACGCGAUUAAGGAGAAGCAGCCCAAGAUCGACUACCUCCAGAAAAUUUUGCAUUGCGUCGGAUGCCAGCUCAACGUGGAAGUUGAGGCCAAGCCGGCAAAGAUCGUCGCGGGCCUCGAGCCUGAGGAUACCAACAAGUUUUUGCAAUUGCUUGUCCUUGCCGCAAAAGCGGGCAAUUCGUCGGCAGCCGUGCAGCGCGUCCUCGCCGGGGAUACCGCGCCACGCGCGCCGUCCGCAGAGGCCAAAUCCAAGCGACCGUCCGUUGCAGCGCCGCCGCAAGAAGAGCCCGCGGCACCUCCAGCUCAAUCUAAAUCGGAGGCCAAGCAGCAAGCAAAGGCCGAGUCUGGACCUAUGAAAGCGAUGGCGGUGACGGCCCAAGAUGACGACGGUGACUUGGCGAGCGAUGCCAAAUCUGCUGGACAUGACGAAGACCCGUCGACGAAGCCAGGGACUGCAAACCGCACGGCGCGCCCCACCACUGCCCGACGACGCCCGCCAAAGCUCAAGGAGAACGUCAAAGAGGUGGGGCGUUUGGUGCGCGAUGACAAAGUCACGCCGACGGUGGGCAUCAUGAAGGACGGCGACAACGCCGAUAGCGACGACGAAGCGCUGGAAGCGGCGGACAAAGGCAACAAUCACCGCGAGACGAUGCUCCAGAACGACGACACGCAUGGCAAAUUGAUCCGCGACAUCCUCAAGGACCAGAACGCUGACGAGGAAGCGAAUCGCAAGUUGAAAGAGGACAACGAUGCCAAAGGAGACGGCGGCGGCGACAGCGGCAUUCGCCUCGGCAAGCGGCGAAAAUCGUUCAAGGAAAAGAUCAAGGGCGGGACGUCGACGGCGGCCGAGAUCAACGACUUGCGUCUGUCGAUUCAAAAGAUUUGCCAAGCGACCAACCCUGUCGGCAAGUGCAUCGAGUACGUGUACGAAGACAUGGAGGCGAUGGCGCGGGAACUCGACGUGUGGAAGAAAGAGUACGAGAAGAAAUGCGACGUCCUCGAAGAAGAGAAGAAAAAGUCCGACGAGGCGCUGCAGCCGCUGACGGCGCAACUGGUCGAAGUCGAGGAACAGAUCAAGGAGCAAGUGCACAAGAUCAACACGCUCAAGGCCACGAUCGCCAAGAACGAAGACAAAGUCCUCAAGCUGCUGCGCAUGGUCGUGACAUCGUGAGGGGGGAGCUAAAGUUUAACGCGAGUGAAUCGAAUACAGAUGUACAUUAGGUCGUGGCAGACGCGACAAAAAGGGCUUUCUCUAGCGGUGAGAACACAUCGGCGCCGCCCUUUAUGCACGAGAUCAAGUAACUCACGUCCUUGGCCUCAAACGUGUCAUCUUGGCGGAACCGGUCCAAUUCAUCGCCAAACACAGUCGCAAACUCUUCCAAGUACAAGUCAUGGAACGCGUCGUCUUUCGACUCAACCACGUUGGAAUCGGCAUGGGUCAACAGCGCGCGGCUUGCCUUGGCCGCGUCGUGAAACAACUGCGAUUUCUGCGCCACAGCGUCGACGCUCUCACUCGCUGCAAUGAGUUCCUGCACGGCAGAAGCAUACGCGUCACCGUCCGUGUCGUCGUGCGCGCUGCUAUGGUUGAUCUUGUUGGCGAGUCGAAUGGCUUUGUCCAGGAGAUCCGCACACCGCAACGUCUUCUCAACAGCCUCUUCAAGGAUGGCUGUCGCGUCUUCAGGAACACUGCUACGGACUACUUGAUCCACGUUCUCGACUUUCGUCAGCGCAGACCGCUCAUCCAGCGGGGUCUCACCCAAGCGGCGAAUGAGCUCGUCGUACCCAGCCAUUUCGUUCGUCGU